GUCAAAAUCUAGUCAAAAUCUACACAAGUGUCGACUCGGGAUCCACGAUGGCUCCAGAUAAAGUCGUGGCACUGUAGCCCUCACCAUCAUACACUUAUGUACUUAGUCAACUGUAUAAAUAUUCUCAACUCUUCUUUUUGCCACCCUAUCCAGAAUAUCUAAGCAGUAGUCUAACCGCCUAGGUACUACUACUACUACUACUGGGAGUCAGAGUCCAGGUGUCACGCCCACAUCUCUUCUCGCUUCUCUUCGCUUGUACUGUGUGUCCAUCCGCGCUCGCUCUCGACAUGCUUUCGAAGUCGUUCUGUCUCUAGUAUUCUGUCUCUAGUACUCUGUCAGCUAUACAACCCUCGAGACCCUCCGAGCAAUCAACACCGCCAUGGCUGUUGCCCGACCCGCUCUGUCUGCAGCCGGCUGCUCGCAGUGCCGUUCCAUGGUACUCAAUCUCUUCGCCAGCGGCAUCCAGCGAUCUCCUCCAGUCGCGCGACGCUCUUUGUUCUCGACGCGUGCCCAGGUUGCUGGUGCCUUGUCCGUCCGACCCUUUUCGUCCCUGCCCAAGCCGAACCGUCCUAGCUCUGUAUUCGACACAGAACAUGGACAGAAUCCCAGCGCAUCGGAACAGGAACCCAAGAAUGACGGGCAUCAUACCGUAGAAAAUGAAACUGAAUCCGUCGCUGUCCCCUGGUAUCUUCAGGUUGAACCUCCCACAUAUAUAGCUCCUAUGCAACUGCCACCACUACCAGAGAUUCCCACAGACUCGCCCCCUUUAAUAGCCUCUCUUCUAGAGUAUGCAUCCGAGGAAAUGGGCCUGGAUGCAUUGAGUUUGUUAGAUCUACGGAAACUAGACCCGUCGCCAGCCCUCGGUCCCAACCUGUUCAUGCUGUUUGGUACGGCCCGUAGUGAGCGACAUCUCAACGUCUCCGCUGGCCGCCUGGUACGGUGGUUGCGCGCGAAGCAUCGCAUUCACGCUGCUGCCGACGGCUUAUUGGGCCCGAAUGAGCGGAAGACAAAACUGCGUCGAAAGGCACGACGUGCCAAGCUCAUGGGGACAAUGGGCACCGACGACACUGACGAUGGCAUCCGCACCGGUUGGAUAUGUGUCAAUCUUGGUACAAUAGAUCGCAGCGGUACAGAGUCGGCUGUUAUCGAUGAGGAUGGGCGAGUCUCGGGUUUUGGCGUAUCUCAUGCUGGCUCGACUGUCAUUUUCCAGAUCAUGACCGAGGGACGCAGAGCCGAAAUGGACUUAGAGGCGUUAUGGACGCAGGCUUUGGAUCGCUGCCUCUCUCCACACUCGGCAUCGGUCUCUACGCAGGGCGAAAGGACUACCACGCCUAAGGGCAAGCCUGAGAGCAGCUUACACCCGGUAGAAAAAGCUAUUUUGAGCAAUUUGCACCGCCCCUCCGGUUUCUCGGGCGGGCGCAAUGGGCAGUCUCUUGGAGGCCCCCUGUCAAAUCAUGUUCGGUUCUACUCCAAUCAGCAAUCCUCAGAGCCAGUCGCUGCAGAAGUUGAUCUCCUUAGUACGUCGUCUCCUACAGAAUUAGCGCGUGUUCUCACAUACGAUGCUCACCAAAAGCAGCGUCUCUUGGAGCUACUGCAGACCCAGCUAGAAGAAAUGGACGUAACAGCAGCUCGGCAAGCCUUGGAUCACAAACCUGAUGGUUCUAAAACAUCAUUCAUGGAGCUGAUGGAUCUCGCAAUGGAAACACUACCUCCAACGCGCACAUGGAAAUAUCGUCUUGCUGUUCAAUACAAAGCCAGCAUAUCAGGAAUCCAGGGUGCCGUUGUACCAUUAGGUAAGGUAGGGUUAUUGAUAGGAGAGCUGCGUAUUUAUGCCAUUGAAGCAACGAGACACCAAUAUCUCCAACUUUUAACUUGUAUAUUCAGUUCAUCGGAUAAGGAAUACACACUCGUCAACAUGGCACUCGAUGUCAUCAACACUAUGCAGCAGCGAAAUGAUCCAAUCAUGGCAAGUGACGUGAUAGUGUCUAUCAUCGAAGGAGCUUCAAUGGGCGACAGGACACGGGCAAGAGAGCUUACAGCACGGCUCGAGAAGCUCCUCUUCCGAGUCGAUACUCCAUCCAUGAAAAUGGACGAGCAGCUGCUCAAGCGGCUCAUGACUGCCCAUGAUAGACAAUUCAAUUGGGAAGGCGUCUGGAAUGCCUGGGGGGUUCCGGCGAGGAAUUUGCGUCCGCGAUCUGCACACUUGUACAUCCAUAUAUUCCAACUAGCCUUGGCAUCUAAUAGUCGGAGGCUCUGUGAACAAGUACUCCGUCGAUGUGUUCCGGAGGCCAACAGCGAAGAUCCACCCGUGCUAGCGGAUGUUGGCCUCCGACAAGCUGCUCUAAAGUGCAUCGAUCUCGCAGAUCCUUCCGCAAGGGAGUUUUCUGAAUUGCCAGAAGAUAGCUCUGGGCAUAUGGCUCGACUUCGUCGAAGAGAAUUCGCCCAGCUUUACCGUACGCUUAGGUUGGAAUAAUAUGUGGAUGAGUCGAAACCAAGACCACAGUACCUAGGUAGUUAAUAUAACCAACCGUACUACUACAUGACGGGCAUCGCGACAAUCCGAGACCGCCUAUAUAAAAGUUUUUCACCAUGUAGCUUUUCCUAAACGCAUGUUCAAGACGAUUAAUACGAAUUAAGCGCGUCAUCAGGAUUGAGUUAUUUCCCCGGG